UGAGAGGAAGUGCAGAACAUUAGACGUCUGUGCGCGGUGUCGCGCCGUGGUGUCGUCACUUCCGGUCUGUGAUGGCCCCUGUCGGAGUAAAGGUGAUCAGAUCAGAGUGAGGAGUUUCUUUAAUCACGUGAAACUUGAUUUAACUCAAUUAUUCCGCAUUAGUGAGAAUAAAGUGAGAGGCCGAAGGUCAAAGUUCAGACAUGGAGGAAAACAAACAGCCUGACAGUUUGGUUCCAGACGACGACGGGAAGGAGAAGUUCAAGACCAGCCAGCAGGUGGCUUUUUACCGGAGGCAGCGGGACGGGCCCGGCCUGCAGCACCAGGCCCUGCUGGACUCCCUGGUCCUGUCGGAAGGAGGAGCCAGUCUGCAGCUGCUUCAGGUCCAGACGCAGACCAGACUCCUCCUCUCGCUAAGCUCCGCCCCCGGAGGCGUGGUCAGGCUGACCAUCGACGAGCUGCGGCCCCUGAAGCCCCGGUUCAGAGUUCCAGAUGUGGUGAGGGAGGAGCCGCUGGGCGAACGGAUGAGGGUGGACUCGCGGACGGACGACUGUCUCACCCUGGGCUGGUCGUCGGGGCGCCACCAGGUGCGCCUGCAGCGCUCGCCGUUCCGGCUGGACUUCCUGUGUGAACAGGAAGUGGUGGCGAGCUUCAACCCCGGCGGGCGGCUGUGGCUGGAGGCGCUGCGGCGCCGCCCCAGUGAGCUGGAGGACGAAGACGCAGCGUCUCUGUGGACGGAGACCUUCAGAGACUUCCAGGAUGUCAAGGCCAACGGUCCGUCCAGCAUCGGCGUCGACCUGCGUCUGCCGGGAUUCAGCCACGUCUACGGAAUCCCACUGCACUGCGAGCAGCUGCAGCUCCGGGACACCAGGUACACACACACACACACACACACACUGAUACAAGGUACACACACACACACACACACACACACACACACACACACACACACACACACACACACACACACGCACACAGACUGCCAGAGGGCGGUGUUGGCGCCCCCCGCUUCUUCGUACCUGGACUUCAGCAGCCGGGCCACCCGGGCCUGGUACUCCGGCCUCUUCAGCCUCAGCAGGUACCAGGGUUCCACGCCGUCGUUGUUUCUGUGGAACGACAUGAACGAGCCGUCGGUGUUCCGCGUGAUCCCCGAGCAGACCAUGCCCAAAGACGCAGUGCAUCGGGGCUGGGAGCACCGGGAGCUGCACAACCUGUACGGCUUCUACCAGCACAUGUCCACGGCGGACGGGCUGCUGUCUCGCUCCGGAGGACGCCAGCGGCCGUUCGUCCUGUCGCGCUCGUUCUUCGCCGGAUCCCAGCGAUUUGGCGCCGUCUGGACGGGAGACAACGUGGCGAGCUGGGAGCACCUGCGGAUCUGCGUCCCCAUGCUGCUGUCUCUCAGCCUGGCCGGCAUCGCCUUCUGUGGAGCCGACGUCGGGGGCUUCGUCCGGGACCCGGACCCGGAGCUGCUGGUCCGCUGGUACCAGGCGGCGGCGCUGCAGCCCUUCUUCAGAGGACACUCCUCCAAGGACACCAAGCGCCGGGAACCCUGGCUCUUCGGGGAGAACGUGACCGCGGCUGUGCGCACCGCAAUCCAAGAACGGUACCGCCUGCUGCCCUACUGGUACACCCUGUUCUACCAGGCCCACACCGCCGGACUCCCCCCGCUCAGGCCCCUGUGGGUGGAGUUCCCGGAGGAUCCGGUCACCUUCUCAGUGGAUCACCAGUACAUGAUCGGAGCAGCGCUGCUGGCCCGUCCCGUCACUGAACCCGGUGUUGGAGCCGUCUCGGUCCUCCUCCCGGGCUCCGCCGAGGUCUGGUACGACGUCCGGUCUGCUCAGGCGUACAGCGGGGGUCAAACCGUGACUCUGCCCGUCACCGUGGACACGGUUCCCCUGUUCCAGCGUGGAGGCUCGGUGGUCUUCAGGCGGACUCGACCCGGGUCCUGUACGGCGGAGCAGCAGGACAUCCCGCUGGCCGUCACCGUGGCUCUAGAUGCUCAGGCGGCGGCUCGCGGCCUGCUGUUCCUGGACGACGGACUCUCCUUCGGCUACCGGGACAGGAAGUGCUUCAGCCUGCGCCGCCUGGACCUGCGGUCCGGCCGCCUGCUCUGCCGGGCCGCCAGCGAAGAGGGGACGGCGGAGACCCGGACCCGGGUCCAGACCGUCACCGUCCUCGGCGUGAAGAGCAGACCGGCCUCUGUGACGGUGUGCGAGCCAGGCGCUGAAGGUUCUGCUGCAGCGUUCCGGUUCUGCGAGUCCAGCUGCACCCUGACCCUGACGGAGCUGCAGCUCCGGGUGGAGGCAGACUGGGACAUCCACAUCACCGCUUCACCCUCUCGAUAACUUCACUGCUUCACCCUGUCAUCCACAUCACUGCUUCAACCUCUUAAUAACUUCACCGCUUCACCCUGUCAUCCACAUCACUGCUUCACCCAGUCAUCCACAUCACUGCUUCACCCUGUCAUUCAGAUCACUGCUUCACCCAGUCAUUAACUUCACUGGUUCACCCUGUCAUCCACAUCACAGAUUCAUUCUGUCAGAAAGGUUCCUUCACUGUCGGGCGGUCGAGGUUCUCAUGUGGAAGGUGCUCCAGGCGUAUGGACGGAGGUCGGUUGAUCGGGGAUUGAUUGCUCGUGUCUUGUGAUGGCUGAACCGGGUCGGCUGCUGUUCCUGUCGUCAGCUGACGGACCAGAGUCUUUCUGCUCUGAAUAAAACU